CAGAGAGCGUCGAUGAGGAAGAAUUUGAACCUGCCAGUCGGAGGGAGGGACGCGGAUCGUCGGUGCAGGAUUAGGUGAUCACACCGUACCGGGGAUUGUUACCGGGAUGUCAGAGGAGAAUCAGUGAAACAUGUGCCUUACUGGCACCGAGCCGGUGCCACCUCAGCGGUAAGUGGAGAGAAGGAAGGAGGAGGAGGAGGUGGAGGAGGAGGAGGAGGAGGAGGAGGCGUAGACAGCCUGGCAGACAGGUGCGCCUCCACAGCCCGUUUCAUUUGUGUCGGUCCGGUCAGCGCCAUGGAUCCGCGCAAGGACAGCAAGGUAAGAAAACACAUGAAGCCCAAAGCCACGAAGCGGAAAGAGAAGACGCACAGAGCGGGGAGGUUCAGCAGGAGGAGGUCGCUGCGAUCGAUCGGGAAUUUCAUGGGAAGGAUCCUGAAAACUUUGGGCACUUUGGCGCACUUCGGCGACGCGGAUCCGCCGGACGCGGAGGACGACGACGGCGGCUUCGGGCAGAGCGCGUCGGGGGCGUUUAACGACGAGGGCACCGUGAAGAAGAGCUCCACGGUGUCCUCCUCUCACGGCUCGGUGAAGGACAGGCUGUCGUGGUGCUACGGCGAUAAGACCCCCGGGGUGCUCGGGCUGAAGAACCACGGCAACACCUGCUUCAUGAACGCCGUGGUCCAGUGCCUCAGCAACACGGACCUGCUGGCCGAGUACCUCGGGCUGGAGCAGUACAAGUCGGAGCUGAGCCACGGGAGGGUGAACGGGGAGGUGAGAGGAGCAGAGGAGCGGCAGAGGAGCGACAGGGGGGAGGUGAGAGGAGCAGAGGAGCGGCAGAGGAGCGACAGGGGGGAGGUGACCGAGCAGCUGGCGGCGCUGGUUCGAGCGCUGUGGACGCUGGAGUACACGCCGCAGCUGUCCGUGGAGUUCAAGAGCAUCGUGGCCAAGUACGGCUCUCAGUUUCGGGGAAACUCUCAGCACGAUGCCCUCGAGUUCCUCCUCUGGCUCCUGGACAGAGUCCAUGAAGACGCUAAUGCGAGCCCCAACAACAACAACAGCAGCAGCAGCAGCAGCAGCAAGACCAAAGCCAACGCCAAGGGACACGCUUCAUUGGAGGAAACCUCCAGUCCCAGUUCAGCCAAUCCUCAGCAGCCUCGAGAUCGACACAGUUUCGUGCAGGAGCAUUUCCAGGCUCAGUACAGGUCUUCUCUGACGUGCCCUCAUUGCCUUAAGCAGAGCAACACCUUCGACCCGUUCUUGUGCAUCUCGCUGCCGAUCCCGCUGCGACAGACCAGGUCGAUGUGCGUGACGCUGGUGUUCAGUACGAAGGGUCAGCGGUACCUGCGGGUCGGGCUGGCUGUUCCUCUCUUUGGUUCCCUGUCCUGUCUGAGAGCCAUGGUGGCCGAGGAGGGCAACAUCUCCCCGGACCAGGUCAUCCUGGUGGAGUUGUACUCGACGGGUUUCCAGCGUUCCUUCUCAGACGAGGACGACCUGACGGCGAUCGCUGACAGCGACGUCGUCUACGCCUUCCAGGCUCCUCUCCUCCACAGUCGUGGAGGCUCCAACGCACCGCACUCAGGGUAUUAUCACAGCCUCCCCUCGUCGCCCUACACCUCCACAGCUGGACCCGGCGGUCAGAGGUUACCUCCGUCCGGCACGCUGUCCUCUGAGUACCUGAACCAGGGCGGCUCCACAAAGGUCCUCCUCCUCAUCUGUAACACGGCAGGAUCUGGUCAGCAGGCCGUCCGGUUUGGACCUCCAUUUCUCAUGCGUGAGGACAGGAGCAUCUCCUGGGAUCAGCUGCAGCAGAGCAUCCUCAGCAAGCUCUGUUAUCUGAUGCUGAAUGGAUCUCAGGCUCAGAACGCCGGCCUUCUCUUUAAGAUCAGAGUCGUGGGCGGAUCAGCAGCCUACAGCUAUCUGUCCCCUCAAGACAGCAGACCUCUAUACCACCCUGCAGUUGACAGAGCUCUGAAGUUCUGUGGUGCCGGCGGGCCUCCUCACGUCAAGCUCGUCAUCGAGUGGGAGCACAAGACUAAAGAAUGUCUGUUUGGCAGCAUCCAGGAGGAGGUGGUGAAAGAUGCAGAGAGUGUGAGAAACCAGCAGCAGCAGCACCUGCAGCAGCAUAGCUGUACUCUGGAUGAAUGCUUCCAGCUGUAUACCAAAGAAGAGCAGCUGGCCCCGGACGAUGCCUGGAAGUGUCCCCACUGUAAGCAGCUCCAGCAGGGCAUGGUGAAGAUGAGCCUGUGGACUCUCCCCGACAUCCUCAUCCUCCAUCUCAAGCGCUUCCGACAGGUCGGCGAGCGGAGGAACAAGCUGUCCACCCUGGUGCGUUUCCCCCUGACUGGUCUGGACAUGGCCCCACAUGUGGUGAAGAGGAGUCAGAGUAUGAGGAACCUAAACUUAGGAGGCUGGAAGCAGCACCACCAACCUGCCGACAUGAUCCUCCCCCACGACUACCUGUACGACCUCUACGCUGUGUGCAACCAUCACGGAGGGAUGCACGGAGGACAUUACACCGCUUACUGCAGGAACUCGGUGGAUGGACAGUGGUAUAGCUACGACGACAGCAGCGUCGACUUGGUGCCAGAGGAAGAAGUGUGUACAAGAGGAGCUUACAUCCUUUUCUACCAGAGACGCAACACCAUCCCUCCAUGGUCGGCCAGUUGCUCCGUCAGAGGAUCCACAAGUUCGUCAAUGUCAGACCACUGGUUAAUCCGGCUCACAGGGGACAGUAAGAGAGGCAGUCUGGUCUCUCGAUCCUCCACGACCUGCCCCUCUUCCAUACCUGACUCACCCGAGUCUCCGGUCUUCCUUAGCAAUGAUUCUAAAGAGGAACGAGGGGGGUUUGAUAGCAGGCCGUUCAUCAGGGGUCUUCAGGGACGCAGCGUAAGCAUGAGAACACCCAGCAAGACCAAGGACACCCUGAGCAAAGUGUUUCCCCUGCGCUGGUCCUUAGGUUCAAAGGACAGACGGAAACCUGAUCCAGUACCUCCACCUGUGCAAGAUCCCGCCCCCGUGGAGUUAGUGCAGUACCUGGAAUCUGGCCGCCGGCCCCGGUGCACAAAGGAUCCAAUAGUCACAUUGAUGAGCGAAUCACGCAACACAAAGGAAACCGCUGAGGGCCAGUCUGCAACCAACGUCCGAUCUUCCAGUGUUGGGAGCAUAAGUUGUGUGGGUAAGAUGGGAUAUGAGUCCCCACAGGUCCCAGAGGGCCAGAGGAGGCCAUCGCUCAAGACAGCCAGCUUGAGACGUAGCAAGGGGAGCCAGACCCGAGAGGAGAGCACCGCGAAUAUCAGCAGUAGCUCCAGCAGUAACACUCUCACCAGGAGGAAGGAAGCCAGGAAGCAGAGCUCCUCCAAAGCAUCCCAAGAUACAGAGACAAAAAGGAGCUCCAGCACUGGAGUUCAGCCAAGCUACAGCACUCCCAGCCUUCAUGACGGGACUCUGAGAAGACAAAAAGGGGACAGGACUGAUAGGGAACACCACGGUACACAUGAAGGAAACUCUAAAACCAAGAAAGCAGAAGUGCCCAAGAGCCACGAGGGACUGUUCUCCUUCUUCAAAGGUAACUUCCUGAAGAAGGACAAGGACUCAAGGAAGUCCAGGGAGGGUGCAUCAGUGAAAGAAGGAGCUGAGGAAGGAAGCCGAAGGACCCUCUCUAGGCUCUCACUGUCCAAUGGAGCAGCAGGAGGAGCUGGGGUAGAAGGAGGCAGGUCGAAUGGCUCGAGUCAUCUGGGUGACGAAUUGGCAAACGGGAAGGUGGGACGAAGUGCGGCCGACAUCAAGCGCUCCCAGAGCUCCUCCAACAUCCCCACCAAAGCGGAGCAGAGCAUGCGCAGGACGGCAUCUCUGCAUCGUAACGGGAUGUCCACAGCUCCGGCAUCACGCAGCCUGGCAACAGACAAGCCAUCUUAUGGCACCCUGCAGAGGACUCGUUAUAGCACAACCUCGCUGGGACGCAAAAAGACAGUCCCUGAGUCCAGCUUCUGAAACAUACACUCACACACACACAGGAAGCCUUUUAUCUGAAUGAAUGACGUCCAAUCUCUGAGAUCGAAGCAAUAGAGCUCAGUUCACAGUGGUACGGCUUUUUAUUCCCAGAAAACGAGCUGGUUCAAGAGGUUUGCACAACGGUGGUUGAAGAACACGGUGCAAAUGAAGGUUCCUUUAAAUCUGAAGAGCAGACGAUGUAACCUUGAGAGGACGUCCAUGUCUUAAAACAAGUGCCUGAGCAACGAAUAUGCAGUUUAGACCAAUGAGUUUGUAUGUCUUAGCACUGGAAGCACGAAAUCCCUGAUACACACGUUUGUGUCUUAUUACUGUCGUGUGUGUGUGUGUGUGUGUGUGUGUGUGUGUGUGCGUGCGUGCGUGCGUGUGUGUGUGUGUGUGUGUGUGUGAGAGAGAGAGAGACUCCCUUUGGAAUUCUUCUUCUGGUCGUUCACCUAAAAUCAAGACACACUGAUUGUGUUCGUUCAUAAGAAUGUAACGUGUGUUGGUGCUCUGCCGUUUCUGAUUCUUCAUCUUUAAUCCGUAAUGUUUAUUUAAACUCAAAAUGUUUUUAUGAAGCGUUGAAUGAUCCACAUGUGACCCGGAGGGCAGCUGACUCGGGUCUCUUCAUCAAUAUUUGGCUAAAACAAAAAAUGACUUACUACGACUCUUCA